AUGGCCACUGCUGUGCAAUCUAUGCCGAAUCAUUCGGAAGAAACCGAGGUUGUUGAAUACACUGAAACUACUACUACUGUUGAGGUUGUACAAUUGAAGGUGGAUGAAGUGGAUGAGGCUGUUAAUGAAAAGGAAAAGAAGUCCCUCACUGGUGUAACUUCGGACAAUAAUGAACAUGCUGAUGCUGAAAAGACUGCGGAAAAAUCUGAGAAUGUUAAUGAACACGCAGAAAAGCAUACUGAACAUACCUUACUAGCGGAAAAUCAGCUCGUUGACCAUCCUGAAGAAUAUGAUUCAAAGUCGAACAAGGAUACGAAAGGUUCGAAUGGUUCGGAUCAAACAGCUGAUCCAUUGACCCCUCCAAAAAGUCCCGUAGAUGAAAAAGAUAAAUCUGAUAAAAAAGUUGCGAGCUCUAAAAUAGCUACGACUGGUAACAAAACAGUCAAAACUGCUGUGUCAGCAUCUAAACCUGGUACAAUUAAGAAAACACCUACUGCAAAUUCGACUAGUGCCAAACCUCGUGCACGCAGUCCAUCAGUUAGUAAAUCAAACCCUUCUACGGUAUCAAAACCUUCGGCAACACGUACCCCUAGUACUUCCAGCGCGACAAGGGCCCCGAUCACUGCAAAACAACCAAGUAGUCCUACUGUAUUGAAAGCGCCAAGUACUUCGUCUAAGUCUGGUGCUAACGUUCCAGCGAAGAACGCUGCUCAAAAAACUGCUGCUGUUAAAACACCUACUACUACCACUGCCGCCACUACUGCGGCAAAAGCAAAUGUUACAUCCCCGAAAACCCCUAUUCGGAAAGCUACUACCGUUACCGCUCCAAAAAAAAUACCCGCUGCUGGUACUACCGUUCCUACUACCUCUCCUGCCAAAGUAGCUAAUGGUUCCACUCCCGCUUCAAAGAAUAAAGUUGCUCCAUCGGCCAAUCAUACAGCAUCUAAAAGUACUGGUUCGGCCGCAGACAAUAGCUACAAAGAAAAGAAUGAAGAGCUCACAAAAUUAAUUGAAGAAAAAGAUAAGAUAUUGAAAUCUUAUGCACACAAUUUGGAAGAAUUGAAAAAAGCUCAUGAAGAGGAAACUCAAAAAAUUCAAAAAGAAAAGGAUGAAGCCAUAUUAUCAAAAGAAAAGGAGAUAGAGGAUCUUAAAAAAGAAAUUGAAGGUUUGAAGGAGGAUCUUGCAAAAUUCCAAGAAGGAAAUAAUGAGAAAAUUUCACGUGAAGAGCACGCCAAAAUUCUCGAUCAAGUUAAAGAUGAGCACACUAAAGUUAUCGAUCAA